AUGGCAGACGUAGAAUCCGUCCUGGCGGCCAAUGCCAACGCGCCGCAGCCAGAGGCACCUUCGGACACUCCCAACCUGCCCGAGGGCGGCAACAAAUUCCAGCAUGCCAUCUCGGCCUGGAGAACUAUCGACUACACGAACCUCGUCGCAAACCUCGACAACACUGCCUCCGAGAUCGUCACAUACCAGCGAGACUCGACCGUCCAGAGAAAGGAACUGGCCCAAAAAACAAAGGACUUCAGGAAGCUCGAUGAUGCAACAAAGCUGGGCGAGAUCAAAGGCCUGUUGAAAGCGUACCAAACCUUCAUCGAUCUCCUUACGAACCAUUCAAAGUCAAUCAACUCGGCCUUCCUCCAGACUUACACAUCCUUAUCCGAUGCGCCUGAUCCAUACCCGCUUCUUGAAGCGUCGGUCGACUCCAUGCUCGUGUCUGAAGACACUCUUCCGAAGCUGACUGAGGAAAAUCAGCACCUGCAAAAGUCCGUCGCUAAGCUGACGACCCAGCUGGAGGAUACCGAGAGCAAGCUGCAGACAGAAUCUGCCGCGAAGAGGGAGCUCGAAAACAAUCUGGAUAGCAAGGUAAAGGAGGUGGAGGCUUCGUGGGUGGCAGUGCUCGAUGAAAAGAAGGACAACUGGGCCGCGAAGGAGAAGACGUUGGAAGAAAAGGUUGAGAACCAGGAGCGUCUGCUCACCGAGAUCAAGGCGAGCUACGAAGUCAACCAGCGCCUCGGAAAGACAGACGACGGGGAUGCGGAAGGCCAGGCAGGCCACGUCACCAGUGCCGAAAUCGAGAUGCUUCACUCAGACCUUGACCGGACCAGUCAGCGGCUGGCCGAGAUCGAGGCCCGGAACGAGCAACUGCGACUGGAACUGGCACAGGCAAAGUCAUCCGCCACCACUCAGACGCCCACAUCCUUGGAAGACGACCCUGCUUACAUGCGCAUGCGGUCGGAAAAUUCAUCACUCAUCCGGAAACUCGAUGCUAGCAGGGUUGAGAAGGAGGGGCUCAAGCGUGAUCUGGAUUCCAGGCUGCGCAGCUUGGAGAGAGAGGUUGGCCUGCUAAAGGAAGAAAGGGACAACCUCAAGUCCAAGGUGCAGAAGUGGAGUGACUACGACGAUGUGAAGCAGGAGCUUGAGGUACUCAAGAGCAUCGAGUUUUCCACAGGCGACGAUGAUGAUUUGAAGGAUGUGGUCGAAAGUGCCACAGAGUCCAAGGGCCAAAGUGACACUUUGGAGAAGCUCCUCUUGGCACGGAACAAGAAGCUCGGUGACGAGCUGACGAUCCUGCGCGUUUCCCACCAAGACUUACAGACUAAGCUCUCUGACCUCCAGGAGGAAAUGUCGCGAACGAAUAUGGACCUCGAAAAGUCGCAGAAACUAAACGAGCGACUCGAGAACGACCUCGCGACGCUGCAGUCAGAGUCGUCCAACGCGUUCCCUUCCGGCGCGUCGGUGGCAGGAACAUUCAACCGCUACGCCCCAUCAAUUGCACCGGGACGAAGGGGAGGAGGUGGUGGUGGUGGUGGAAGAGUUUCGCCAACAUCGUCCAUCAUCAGCGGAAUUGACCCACGUAUGGGUGGUGGAGGAGAGCCCAUGGGCGGCGGCUCUGGCAUUCUGCCAAUGAUCACAGCCCAACGUGACCGUUUCAAAAAGCGAAUUGCCGAACUAGAAAGCGAGUUGUCGGACACGCAUCGCACCGUCUCCCAGCUGAGACAAGAAGUAUCAGCUCUUCAAAAGGACAAUCUCAGUCUUUACGAGAAGACGAGGUACGUCUCGACAUACAAUCGGGCCGGACCUUCAGCAACGUCGUCUUCAGCGGCAUUCUCAUCUAACCCGAACCCUUCCACGGUCUCCAUUGGAGGCAGCGGCAACCCGGGAAUUACAAUGGACAGAUACAAAAAGGCAUACGAAUCGAAUAUUUCGCCAUUUGCCGCUUUCCGAGGGCGGGAGUCUGCUAGGGCCUACAAGCGAAUGAGCUUCCCCGAACGAGUGGUAUACUCAGUGACGCGGAUGGUGCUGGCCUCUCGGACUAGUAGAAAUCUAUUUGCGGCAUACUGUGUCGCGUUGCAUUUACUCGUCUUCUGCUCGCUAUACUGGCUCGGCACGGUGGACGUGGAGCAGCACGCCAGCAACCUUGGCAAGUCGGUAGCAGGAGCCGCCGCCGCGGGCGCCGGGGGCCUCAAGGGAGGAGCCGGAAACGGCCACGGCGACUGGCAAGAGGAGGGGUUCAGUGGGCACUAG